CGUCUGCCUUGUCGGCCGCCAUGCUGUUUUGUCAGUUCUCGCGAGAUUCUCUCGAGAAACAAUAUGGCGAUGUUAAAGCAAGGGCAAUCGCAAUUUGAAGAAAAAUGGCCUACUAUGCGCCCAACAGUUCUGAAACUUUUACGCCAAGAAAGGGUGACAAAAUUUGAAUGGCAAGAAUUGUUUUGGGCUGUACACUCCGUGUGUUUAUGGGAUGAAAAAGGUCCCCAGAAGGUGUACCAGGCACUCCAAGAUGACAUAUUGGAAUUUAUACGACAAGCUCAAAUUAGGGUUCUUCAACAUCAAGAGGAAUCAGCUCUUCUCAAAACAUACAUUGCUGAGUGGGGCAAGUUCUUCACUCAGUGUGGUUAUUUACCAAAGCCUUUCUGUCAGCUGGAAGCUUCUUUAGCUGGAAAAGCUCACAAUACGAUGCCAAAGAAAACCCAAGCAGAUGAAAGUAUUGUUCGUAAGAUGAUGCUGGAUACCUGGAAUCAAAGUAUAUUCAACAACAUCAAGCAUCGCUUGCAAGACAGUGCCAUGAAGCUGGUUCACUCAGAACGUAAUGGAGAAGCCUUCAAUUCUCAGCUCGUUAUUGGAGUCCGUGAGUCCUAUGUGAACCUUUGUUCUGAUGCUGAAGACAAAUUGAAAAUAUAUCACGAAAAUUUUGAGAAGGCUUAUUUGGAAGCCACUGAAUCAUUUUACCGAGUGAAAGCGCCCCAGUACUUGCAGGCCAAUGGAGUACAGAAUUACAUGAGAUUUGCUGAUGCCAAGCUAAAAGAAGAAGAAUGCCGAGCCAAGCGUUAUCUAGAAACUGGCUGGUGUUGUCCGUCAGUGUCAGCAUUAAUUGACUGCUGUGUUGAGGUAUUGGUAACAGCAUUUAAGGACACCAUUCUGAAUGAGUGUGCUGGCAUGAUCAAAGCAAACGAAACGGAGAAAUUACGUUUGAUGUUCAGCCUUAUGGAUAGGGUUGUGGAUGGAAUUGCUCCAAUGUUACAUGAUCUUGAAGCUCAUAUAGUCAGCCAAGGUUUAGCAGAUAUGAUGUCGGCUGCCAGAACUAUCACCACUGAUUCUGAGAAAUAUGUUGAACAACUUUUGGAACUUUUCAACCGAUUUAGUAAAUUAGUCAAAGAUGCCUUUCUAGAUGAUCCCCGUUUUCUUACUUCUCGAGACAAAGCCUACAAAAGUGUUGUUAAUGAUAUAUCUGUGUUUAAACUAGAAUUACCAAGUAAAUCAAAGGGAAUGAAUGUGAAGACACAGCCCGAGUCACGCUGUCCAGAACUGCUUGCUAAUUACUGUGAUAUGUUGCUCAGGAAAACAUCUCUGAGUAAGAAACUUACUCCAGAGGAAGUGGAAAAGAAAUUAAAAGAUGUUUUACUUGUUUUGAAAUACGUUCAAAAUAAGGAUGUCUUCAUGAGGUAUCAUAAAGCCCAUCUCACACGUCGUCUUAUCUUGGACACAUCAGCUGACAAUGAGAAAGAAGAAAAUAUGGUUGAAUGGCUGAGAGAGGUUGGUAUGCCUGCAGAUUAUGUAAAUAAACUAGCCAGAAUGUUCCAAGAUAUCCAAGUCAGUGAAGAUCUUAAUCAAGAAUUCAAAGAAGUCUUUCGAAACAAUAAUAACGAUGCAUUGGCAGAUGCUAUCAAUAUAAAAAUUUUGAAUGCUGGUGCCUGGGCUAGAACUAGUGAUCGUAUAUCAGUAACACUACCAAUGGAACUAGAAGACUACAUCCCACAAGUCGAAGAAUUUUACAGACAAAAACACAAUGGACGCAAACUACAGUGGCACCAUCUAAUGUCCAAUGGUGUGAUAACCUUUUGUAACGAUUUUGGUCGCUUUGAUUUAGAAGUGACAACCUUCCAAAUGGGUGUUUUGUUUGCUUGGAAUCAAAGGCCAAAGGAUAAGAUCUCAUAUGAAAGUUUACGGUUAGCAACUGAACUACCCGAUUCAGAACUACGAAGAACUCUUUCGUCUUUUGUUGCAUUUCCCAAAUUGAAAAAACAAGUUCUUUUAUGUGAACCUGAAGCCAAAUCUCCAAAGGAUUUUGAAGACAGCACUCAGUUCUGGAUUAAUCAAAAGUUUGCUUUAAUUAAAAAUGGAAGGCCACAGAAAAGAGGUCGUAUCAACCUGGUAGGCCGGUUGCAAUUAUCCACAGAGAAGAGUAAAGAGGAAGACAAUGAAAGCAUCAUGCAGCUGAGGAUUCUGCGUGUCCAGGAAGCUAUCGUAAAGAUCAUGAAGAUGCGCAAGAAAAUUACCAAUGCUGCCCUCCAGACAGAACUGGUAGAGAUCCUGAAGAAUAUGUUUCUUCCCUCCAAAAAGCUCAUCAAAGAACAGAUAGAGUGGUUGAUUGAACAUAAAUAUAUGCGCCGUGAUGAGGAUAACAUCAACUUGUUCAUCUACAUGGCUUGAAUAAAAAUGGCCUAUUAUAUGCCAUGUUCACACCUCUCUUUGGGUGCUCACCCAACAAUUUAUCAACCUAACUUCCUUUCUUCCUACCAACCUGUUUGCAAUGCCAGCCUUUACCUGCCUGUGUUUACCUUCAUCUCACCUGUUCACUGGCUAUAAAACGUUUCACUGUCUAUUAUCGCUGCCCCCCAGAAUAUGGAUUCAUUGCAGUUUUUUCUUCCUGUAAUAUUACAAUUACUUUAUAACUGUUUCUUUCUGUUUCUAUAUAAAUGUGACUAUCUAUCUAUAUAUAUAUAUAUAUAUAUAUAUAUAUAGAUAUAUAUAUAUAGAUAUAUAUAUAUAUAUAUAUAGAUAUGGGUGUAUGUAUGUACAUAUGUAAUACACAUGUAUAUGCAUAAACCUAUGUAUAUGUGUGUGUGGUACAUAAGCAUAUAAAAUAUAUGUAUGUACAUACAUACAUACAUACACACAUAUAUAUACUCAAACACAAACACACAUAUAUGUAUAAUUACUUAUAUUAACUAGCAUAGAAUGUAUAUGCGUGUGUGUAUAUAUACAUAUAUAUACACUCACAUAUAUGUAUGCUUGUGUAAUUACAUAUAUUAAGAGGCAGCACACUUGUUUCACAAAAGUGUUGCAUUCCUGAAAGUCUUGACAAAAUAUCGGAUUCUGUUCCAUGAUAGGAAAUGGAUUCUCCUUCAACUUUCAACUUAAAUGGAAAUCAAUCUCUCAUAACAGAAUUCCCUGAUAUGCUUAGAUUUUCAGGAAUUACCGGGAUGCAUAAGUGUGCAUGUGUCAAUAUAUACAUAUAUUUACAUACACAUGCACACAUGUGUAUGUAUACGUAUGUGUGUGUGUAUGUAUAUGUGUGUAUAUAUGUAUGAGUAUAUAUAUAUAUAUAUAUAUAUAUAUAUAUAUAUAUGUGUGUGU